AUGUGUAUUAUUAUUGGUUUGAUCGGAUCAUCGGGUCUGGUUACUACAUGUAUUCGGAUAGUAACGCAAAUCCCGAAUCAUUUUUCAAACAAAUGUGCUCGACACUUAGCACAGUCAUUUUCAGCUAUACUAUGGACAAUCACAUUCACUAAUUUUGAAGUACCUGACAUAUGUACACUCAAGCUACGCGUGAUGACAUGGGAUCUCAGUCAUGAUGUACACAAAGUUUCUCGAAUUUUAUGA